UUACGAUUCAUAAACUCGCCGCCUUUCUCCUGUCCGACUCUCCCUUUCCGCUGCCUGCCAGCCAACUACAAGCCAACUACAUCGUGUAGCCUUUGGCAUAAGUUUGCAUACUCACGCCCUACAAUGGACGCAUCGUCGGCAGACCCGCCGUCUACCAAUCCUCCUUCCUCCCCCUUGUCCGUACUCACAAGGUCGCCGACCAUUUCGCCGCGCGCCUCCAUGUCCUACCGGUCAAGUCGCCUUCCCUCACCCCCUCCUUCAACCGUGCACUCCGGCAGCGCAUCGCCCAUGAAAUCCUCCGACCCCGCUGAACUCGAGAUUCUUGUCAACCCCGAUGGCGCCCCUCCGCCCAAGCGCCGUCGGGUUGAGCGCAAGCCGAGAACCACCGAAUACUUGGACCUGAGCGCUGCCGCUUCUGAACAGAGUCAAAAGGACGAGGAAUUACUGGAACAGCUGACACAGGCUUUGCGAAAAAAAAAGAAGAUUGUCGUCAUCGCAGGCGCUGGCAUCUCGGUUUCGGCAGGGAUCCCCGACUUCAGAUCUUCCUCAGGUCUCUUUGCGACUUUACCCAAAGAACACGGCCUGAAGGGCUCAGGCAAGCAUCUCUUCGAUGCUUCUGUCUACAAACACGAUUCGACCACCUCGUACUUCCACACCAUGGUCCGUGACCUGUCCCAGCUUGUCAAGAAUGCGAAACCCACUCCGUUCCACAAUUUUCUCGCCUCUCUAUCUAAAGAAGGCCGUCUCCUACGACUCUACACCCAGAAUGUCGACGGGCUGGAUACGUCCAUGGAACCUCUCAGCACUGUCGUUCCUCUGCCGCCUAAAGGCCCUUGGCCCAGAACCAUACAGCUCCAUGGCGGCUUAGAGAAGAUGGUUUGUUCAAAGUGCAACGAGAUUAGCCAAUUCGACGCUUCGCUUUUUGAGGGACCCCAAGCCCCUCUAUGUAAGGGAUGUGAAGAGACAGACAAUGUACGCACCUCCCAUGCAGGCAAGCGCAGUCACGGCAUCGGGAGACUUCGACCCAGGAUGGUGCUAUAUAAUGAGUACAACCCUGACGAAGAAGCUAUUGCCAACAUUUUCCGCGCAGAUUUACGGGCUCGUCCCGAUGCUGUGAUUGUUGUUGGCACGAGCAUGAAGAUCCCAGGUGUACGGAAUAUGGUGAAGGACAUGUGCAAAGUGACGAGAGACCGCCGAGAUGGCAUUACCGCUUGGAUUAAUCUUGACCCUGAACCGAGUGGCACAGAUCUGAAGAAUUGUUGGGAUUUGGUCGUUCGCGGCAAAUGUGAUGAUGUCGCUUCUCUUGUCCACUUACCUCACUUCGACGAACAUAUUGAGCAAGGACCAGAUACUGUUGUGGAUGAGGCCAAGUACGAGAAUGAUGUUCGCCACAUUAAGUUAGAGGUAGAGAUCCGGAGGAGUCACUCUCAAGAAUCGGCUACGAUAAAGGAGGCGACGCCUGAUACCUGCUCUCCUAUUGAGGCUAAGCCGCCAUCAUUAGGACGCAUCCAGGGCAUCCCGACUCCUUCUGCUAGUCCCAAGAUUCGGACCGCUCUCCCUACUAAGCCUGUUCCGAAAUCCAGCCAGACUAAACUUGCUUUCCCCUCACGCAUCAGCAAAGCCUCUACAUCAAUACCCAAGGAAUCAAAGAAGCCAGCUCAACGGAAACCGAAGCAGACUAAGAAGAAGCCUGAGCCGAAGCCGAAAGCAACCAUCAACGCGACUUUCAAGGCUACUAAAUCAAAUGCAGUGGCCCCCUCAAAGGUUCCCGCGAAGCGUGAGCUUGAAAGUGAACCUAACACUCUGGAUAAAGCUAGGAGUGUACUCUUGGCCGACUUCUCUCUUAGGCCUAGAGGAAACAAGCGUGCUGUCGAUGCUGAGCCUUCUGGAUUGGAGAAGGGUUCCCGAUCCCAAAUACAACCACCAGUAAUCGGUCAAGCGCGUCCAAGUACCCCUGAACAUCAGACGCUGCGCCGCCAGUCACAGGAGACUGUCACGCCUCCUUCCAAACCUCGAGGCUUUGGGACCUUAAUCGAUUGAUCUACCAGACCUGGUAACCUUAGGUAUCUAUUGUAUUCUAUUGUUGCGGGAUGUCACGCCACGAUUCCUGUUGGCUGGUUUCGGUGCCUCUUCGAAGGACUCACAAUCGUCACCUCAACACUACAGA